UUGAUCUGUUCAUUAUCUAUCUAUCUAUCUAUCUAUCUUGAUCUGUUCAUUAUCUAUCUAUCUAUCUAUCUAUCUAUCUAUCUAUCUAUCUAUCUAUCUAUCUAUCUAUCUAUGUCUGUUCGUAAUCUAUCUAUCUAUCUAUCUAUCUAUCUUAGUCUGUUCAUAAUCUCUCUAUCUAUCUAUAAUUCUUUCUUCUCUUUUUUCUACACAAUUUCUGUCAUUCUUUCGUUCUUUCUUUCUCCGUAUUUUUUCUUUCUUUCUUUCUCCGUAUUCUUUCUUUCUUUCUUUCUUUCUUUCUCCGUAUUCUUUCUUUCUUUCUUUCUUUCUUUCUUUCUUUCUUUCUUUCUCCGUAUUCUUUCUUUCUUUCUUUCUUUCUUUUCUUUCUUUCUUUCUUUCUUUCUUUCUUUCUUUCUCCGUAUUCUUUCUUUCUUUCUUUCUUUCUUUCUUUCUUUCUUUCUUUCUUUCUUUCUUUCUCCGUAUUCUUUCUUUCUUUCUUUCUUUCUUUGGUAUUUUCUUCUUGUCUGUCUUUCUCCAUAUUUUCUUCUUUUCUUUUAUUGCUUUUCUUAUAGUUUACACGAAAAUUCUUUCUUUCUCCAAAUUUUCUUUCUUUCUCCGUAUUUUUCGGUCAUUCAUUCUUUCUUUCUUCAUUUAAGUUCCCAGUAUGAAUCUUUCUUUGGUAUUUCUUUUACUUUACAUAUGAUUCUUUCUGUCUUUUUUCUACGCAUUUUCUUUCUUUCUUUCGUUCUUUCUUUUGUUCUUUUUCUCCGUAUUUUCUUUUGUUCUUUCUUUCUCUGUAUUUUCUUUCUUUCUUUCUUUCUUUCUUUCUUUCUUUCUUUCUUUCUUUCUUUCUUUCUCCAUAUUCUCUUCCUUUCUUUCACUGGCCUUUUAUUUAGUUUACACUACGAUUCUUUCUUUCUCAGAAUGUUGUAUUGUCUUUCUUUCUGUCAUUCUACAUAUUUUUCUUUCUUUCUUUCUUUCUUUCUUACUUUCUUUCUUACUUUCUUUCUUUCUUUCAUUGACUUUUCUUUCAGUUUACAAUAUGCUUCUUCCUUUCGUUCUUUAGCUUUUCUUUUUAGUUUUCCUCAUCGAUUCUUUUUUGUUUUUGUUUAUUCCUUCUUAUAUUUUUGCAUCGGGCCGAGAACUUUUUUACAUUACUAUCUAUCUAUCUAUCUAUCUAUCUAUCUAUCUAUCUAUCUAUCUACUGGCCUAUUUCAGAUAAUGCGCUCUUUACCAGAAACUGAGACGAAGCUUCCGAAGGCAUUGCUCUCUUAUCUAUCUAUCUAUCUAUCUAUAUAUCUAUCUAUCUAUCUACUAAUUUUUUUUCCGUGCAUAUAUCUGUUACGCCAAUUUCCAUAUCUAUCUAUCUAUCUAUCUAUCUAUCUAUCUAUCUAUCUCAAUCUGUUCCUAUUUAUGUUCACAUCUGUCUCAAUCUGUUAA